CCUUAUUCAAACUAUACUGCUUUCUUCCUCUCAACACGAUUCAACUUGUGCUCCCGAAGACCUCCCGUUGGCUUUUCCCCUUUUGCUUUAUACUGCACUUGCUGUUACUAACUCCUAUAAAUUUAACAAUACUAUUGAAAAGCAAAGUUUUAUGUUAUCAAAAAAACUUUACAAUCUUGUAACUGGCCAGAAAGCUAUUGAAUCUGACGUAAUCGUAUCUUAUACCAAUGCAAAUGGUCAUUAUGAUUCUCUUAAAAAAAGCUUAAAGAAGAGUGUUAUAUCAGCUGUUGGAAGAUUAAAACUUACCUUCAAUAGCAAAAUCCCCCACAUAAUUUCCUCUGAAAUCGAGUGGAGUUAUGCCGCAAAUGAUCCGAAAUCAUCAAACAAACCCUCUAUAAAAUCUAAAGAGUUAAACACUCAACUCGAUUUGAUUAAAGAACAGUAUAUUACUACUUCGCAAAACUCUAAUAAAAGAGUACGAUCUAGCCUCUUCGUCUCCUCUUUGAGUACUUCAUCCGAUAAACCUUUAGCCACAAAUCUUAAAGACCUUGCUGAUCAAAUCCGAAGCACUACUUCUGAAACACAAAACACUUCUACCGGAUCAUCUAAAUAA